UCAGCACAUUCUGCUCUCUGAAGGUGAAUGAAACUGGGAAAUUGGUGUAAUUUCCUGGUUUCCUAUCAGUGAGCUGAUUGGUUCAAAUAUUCCAUGAUGUUUUCUGACUUUUACUGCAGUCUGCCUACCUUCUUACAUAGCUUUUCUAAUCUCUCACUGAUACACGUUGUUGCAUGCAUCUUAUUGAGAGUUAUUUGCUUUAGCUAUAGAUACAGCGCUAAAGCAACAUGUUUAGUCUGAUUGCACAUGAAACAUGUCCAUUUAUUAUUAUUUUUUAAAUUUGUGUUUCACAUGGAAACACCUUCCCCCUUCAACAACCGGUAGUGACUCACCGGGACAACAAUCCAGUCUUGCCAGGAACCGCGCACCGCUUUUGAGCGCAUCGCCUCUUCAGUGACAGAAGGCAGAACCGUCGGUUGCUGUUCACAUCAUUUUGUUGUCAACGGAUCAUCUGUAGCAGAGACAGACAUGUUCAGCGGCACCUCUGAUGAGCACCCUUCAGGCUAUGACCUGGGCCCCCAACCGGGAGACAAGCCCUCUCACAGAGGCGAUGGGGGUCAUGGUUCAGACCAUGGACAAGAUGGCCGCCAUGGAGGAGACAACAGAGAUCAUGGGGACAAGGGAAAGGGCAUACCUGACUUAGAUCUGGAUCUUGCUCUUGACGAUAACCGGGACCGACAUGAUGACCGCGACCGGGACCGAGAUCGUGACCGUGACCAAGACAGACAUGAUGACCGCGACCGCAACCGACACGAUGAUCGUGAUCGGGAUCAUGACCGGGACCGCGACCAAGACAGACAUGAUGACCGGGACCGUGACCGUGGUCGUGACCGUGAUCAUGACAAGGACAGACACAGUCCUGAGAGACGCAGCGGUAGCGGCAAGCGAAGCGGCAGCCGCGAACGGAAGCGAAGCGGCAGCGGCGACCGCAAGCAUGGCCACGGCCAUGGACACGGCCACGGUCAUGGCCACGGGCAUGGUCGUGGACGUGGACGUGGUGGACGCUGGUAGAGGAGUCAAAACAGGCUGAUCUCGCUCCGAUCAAAGAAGAAAAGAAAUUAGGAAAUAUUAAAACUUUCCAGUAUGUUUUAUAUUACAUUAAACCCAUUGUAACUGUGACUAUUCAGUUAUUUUGUAUUCCAGCAGCUUUUAUGAAAUAUAAAGAAAAUGCAUCCUGCUUUCUGCUUUUAUGAAAUAAACUGAAACAUUUUUGUUUCAAUCCA